CCUUCAGCUCAUUUCUUUUUCAUGCCUUUCAAUUCCCCCUCUCACGUUUCGAACGAAACUAUUUCAAUUGUGUCUGCAUCUUUAUUACUAGCAAAGAAGAAAGAAGAGAGAAGAAAGAAGAAAGUAUAUCAUAGCAUCAACACCAACCACAACCACAACGUUCUCUAAAAUGCAUCAAUGCAAUCACAACCGUUGAUUCUUCUUCUUUCAAAAUCUUGAUCUACUUUUUCAGUUAACAACGACGACGGCGAGAACGUUAUAAACGACGGCGUUUUAGGGGUUUGUGGUGAACCGAGACAAUGGUGGAGACGUUGGAGGUGCAAAGCGACGAGCAGAGGUCGCUGCUGUCGCCGGAUUCGAACAAUGGCGACCCUUCAUGGCGGUUGAACUUCGAAGGGUUUCAGAUGUCGUCGCCGCACGCCGACAAGCAAGUGAAACCCUCACGUGGAAUCCAUGACUGCUACGGUGUUCUAGGGCAAGAAGAUGACAUUGCUGAGUACUAUCAGCAACAGGUUGAAGUGCUAGAGGGCUUUAAUGAAAUGGAUGCCUUGGCAGAACGUGGUUUUAUUCCUGGGAUGUCAAAGGAGGAGCAGGAAAAGCUAGCAAGAAGCGAGACAUUUGCCAUCAGACUAUCAAAUGUAGCAAACAUGGUUCUCUUUAUUGCUAAAGUCUAUGCAUCAAUCAGAAGUGGUUCCUUGGCCAUCAUUGCAUCCACUUUGGACUCACUUCUUGAUCUCCUGUCUGGAUUCAUACUCUGGUUUACUGCAUUUUCCAUGCAAACACCGAACCCAUAUCAGUACCCUAUAGGAAAAAAGAGAAUGCAACCUUUGGGGAUUCUUGUUUUUGCCUCUGUUAUGGCAACACUAGGAUUGCAAAUUAUUUUGGAGUCAAUGCGGACACUAUUAUCAGAUGAAAAUGCAUUCAGCUUGACCAGAGAACAAGAGCAGUGGAUUGUUGGUAUUAUGCUUUCAGUGACGUUGGUCAAAUUCCUCCUAAUGAUCUAUUGCCGCUCCUUUACUAAUGAGAUUGUCAAAGCCUAUGCCCAAGAUCACUUUUUUGAUGUGAUCACAAAUGUCAUUGGUCUCAUUGCUGCACUUUUGGCAAAUUAUGUCGAUGAUUGGAUGGAUCCUGUUGGUGCUAUCAUUCUGGCUUUGUACACUAUCCGCACAUGGUCUUUGACAGUGCUGGAAAACGUGAAUUCCCUGGUUGGAAGAUCAGCUGCUCCAGAGUAUCUUCAGAAACUAACAUACCUCUGCUGGAACCACCACAAGGCUGUGCGGCACAUUGACACUGUGCGUGCUUACACUUUUGGGUCUCACUACUUUGUUGAGGUUGAUAUUGUCCUGCCUUCUGAUAUGCCCUUGCAAGAGGCUCAUGACAUUGGGGAAUCGCUGCAAGAAAAGCUUGAGCUUUUGCCUGAGAUUGAACGCGCCUUUGUUCAUCUUGAUUAUGAGUACAGUCACAAACCUGAGCAUGCCCAAUCCCAUUGAUAGCAGCGAUUAGGAAAUGCAAUGCCUUGCCAUCAAUUGUAAAUGUGAACCAUUUCACUUGGAUUCAACUCUAAAGUUGCUAAUCUUUCCACAUAACCCUGUCAUGCACAUAAGUUCUUAAAUCUCAACUUGGUGAUAUAUGCCCCAAGUGUAUGUCAUGAUAGGAAAAUCAUGCAGAGAUCCUUGAACAUCCCAGAGUACUAUAGUAGCUGAAAUAGAAUCCUUGCUUCUACCUCUAUUCAGGUACAGUAUCACCCGUGUUUUGUAUCUCAAUAUAGGGUGCUGGUUAAAAUGUGCAAAUAUAAUGUUUUCCUUGGACCAGUUUCAUGAUUAAA